AUGGUUUACUACUUUACAUCCAAGCGGGAGGACGUCGACAGGGACGUAAUGAUUUACAUGGGAAAGCACAAAGAAGAGAAUGAGGACUUGAUCAAAUACGGGCUUGACUCGGAUCUGUGGUUCCACGUCGACAAACUGUCAUCAGCUCACGUCUACCUCCGCAUGAACCCCGGCGAAGAAUGGGACAGUUUACCGGAAGGUGUUCUCGAAGACUGCGCACAGUUGACGAAAGCCAACUCGAUCGAGGGAAACAAGCGGGACAACAUCACAGUAAUCUACACGCCAUGGUCGAACCUCAAGAAGACGAACGACAUGGCCGUCGGCCAGGUUGGGUUCAAGCAAAACAAGAUGGUCAAGAAGGUCCACAUUCCCGUGCGCGUGAACGCGAUCGUGAACAGGCUGAACAAGACCAAGGUUGAGAAAUUCCCAGAUCUGCAGGCGGAGAAGAUCGAGUAUGAGAAGGAGAAGAAUAGAGAGGCGAGGAAGGCGUUUAAUGAGCGGUAUAAGAGAGAAAAGGCAGAGGCAGAGGCGCGACGGAAGGAAAAGUGGGAGAAAGACCAUGCGUACGAGGAUCUGUUCUCGGAGGAGAAUCUGGCAAAGAACAGUAACCAGAACAGAGGAGAGGGGUGGGUAGAGGAUGACUUUUGGUAG